AUGCAGUUCACUCUUGUUCUCGCUACCUUUGCUACCGUCGUCUACGGCCAAACCAUCAACGGCGUUCCUGCUUGUGCUAUUCCUUGCAUUGAGUCUGCCAUUAGCUCUCAGACUUCUUGCGCAUCUACCGACUUUGCCUGCGCUUGCCCUAGCAUAAGCGCUGUUUCCGCGGCCGGCGCUCCUUGUGUUGUUGCUGCUUGUGGCGAAGAUGUGGCUACGAACCAAGCGUUCCCAGCUGUCCAGGCUUUCUGCGCCGCUCAGUAG